AGGACAAGCACCAUGGCGCCUUAAUGAGUCGCUCCUGCAUGACCCAACAUUUACAUCCCAAAUAUCACAAAACCUAGAACAAUAUUUCCAGCUAAAUGAUCUCCCAGAAACAACCCCAGUCUCUCUCUGGCAAGCACACAAACCGACAAUCAGGGGCUUACUGAUUAGUCAAGCCUCAUAUCUGAAACGUACAGCACACAAAGAUUACAUGACACUGCUGCAAACCCUACAAGACGCUACAAAUGUAUACGCUAUACAACCACAGGAUGCUCAUCUGAAAACAAUAGAGAACGUCACCAAAAGCAUAAACAACAUACAUCUAGCUAAAACUUCUCACACACUCCAACGGCUCAAAAUGAGACAUUAUUCCCAGG